AAUCGCUUCCUCUUCCUUUCAAUCUUUUGAGAAUUGUUUUUUCUUAACAUCAAUCUCUUUGCGAAAGACCAUCCAUCUCGGCGCAAAUUGAGAAGACGAGAAAAAACCAUGCCUCCCCGCACUUCUGCACGCAGAAAGGCGCAAGCAGUCGUCGAGACCAAGGUCGAAGAGACAAACACCACGAAGACGAACGGAGCCAAGAGCACGGCUGUUGCUGCUACGAAGACGAAGACCAUCACCGCAAAGAAGCCAGCGGCAAAGCGCAAGGUCUCUUCGGACGACGAGCACGAGGCCUGCGGAAGUUGCGCCGAGGAAGAGGAAGAGAAGCCCGCGAAGAAGAGGAAGACUGCAGCAGCGAAGGGCAAGGCGAAGAAGGAGGACGAUAUGCCGUUGGCAGACAGGACAGCGGUGUCUUCCCUCAAGAGGGCGAUGUACAUUGGCGCUCAUGUCAGCGGUGCUGGCGGUGUACAAAACUCGAUUCAGAAUGCCGUCAACAUCGGUGCCAAUGCUUUCGCCCUGUUUCUCAAGUCACAGAGGAAAUGGGAGAGCCCUCCCCUGGCAGCCGACGCAAAAGACCAAUUCGUCUCCCUCGCAAAGGAAAAUGAUUACGAUGCCGGCGCACAUGUCCUCCCCCAUGGCUCAUACCUCGUCAACCUCGCCCAGGCGGACGCCGACAAGGCGAAGCAGGCAUACAAGAGCUUCAUAGAUGACUUGCAACGGUGCGAGCAGCUGGGCAUCAAGCUGUACAACUUCCACCCGGGCAACACGGGAGGAGAGGCUCGCGAGGAGGCGUGCGGACGUAUCGCCACACAGCUCAAUACCGCGCACAAGGCGACGAAGAAGGUGAUUACCGUGUUGGAAAAUAUGGCAGGGACCGGGAACGUCAUUGGCACAAAGUUUGAGGACUUGAAGCAAAUCAUUGACAAGGUCGAGGAUAAGGAGCGAGUCGGCGUAUGUAUUGACACAUGCCAUGCAUUUGCUGCGGGAUACGACUUACGGACGCCGGAAACAUUCCACGAGACGAUGAAGGAGUUUGACGAUGUUAUUGGUAACAAGUACCUCAAGGCUUUCCAUCUCAACGAUAGCAAGGCACCCUUCGCCUCCCACCGCGACCUCCACGCCAACAUCGGCACAGGCUUCCUCGGCCUCCGCGCCUUCCACACCCUCGUCAACUACGAGCCCUUCCAGAACCUCCCCAUGGUCCUCGAGACGCCCAUCGACCACAAGGACGCAAACGGUAAGACCGUCGAAGACAAGAAGGUGUGGGCGGACGAGAUCAAGCUCCUUGAGAGCAUGAUUGGCAUGGACGCCGAGAGCGAAGAGUUCAAGACGCUCGAGGCGGAGCUGCAGAAGAAGGGCGCGGGAGAGAGGGACAAGAUACAGGACCAGGUCGAUCGCAAGGCCGAGAAGGAUGCCAAGAAGGGGACCAAGGGGGCCAAGGGUGCCGCGAAGAAGGGCGCGGCGGCUGGAAAGGGUAGGAAGAAGAAGGUUGAGAGUGAUGAUGAGAGCGAGUGAGAAGACUGAACUGGCUUGAAUGUCUGGACUGUGUAUCAAUAUGUACCUCAUGAACCCCAUGGAUAGAUAGCUGAGUACUUUACGUGCAAACUCCAAUUAUAAAUUCGGACCAACAACUGAGAGACGACAUAGUUCAGUGACAGACUUGAUGCCUCUGAGACUUAUGUGACACUCCAGGACAUCU